AUUUUUUUUGAAUGCCUAAAAGUGAUAUUCCUCGUUCAGUUUGCCAACGACUUGCGUUUUGUAUUGAUCCUCCUUGCCUACAUUGUGUAUAGUGCUAGGGAGCUGGAUUGAGCCAGCUUCGUAGCGUUUGCAAAGGGUGUCGAAGAAAGCCGCGACACGGAGUUACUGCGCUCCCAAUUUUCGUGGAGUUUUGAAAGACCCAGUGCGCAGUAGGCAAACAGCUUGUUCAACAUCAUUGCCUUCCACCCAGAGGGAAAUCCCCUCUGGUACACCUCCCGCCUCUUUUCCUAGAGCAUUCCUUUUAGAGUCAUGUCAGAACCAGCAGAGCAACUAGAGCAGCUGCUCCCCACACCAGCACAAACACCCGUGGGGUCCCCAAAUCGACUAGCCAGAGGCGCACAACAACCUUUGGAUUCAAACAGAGUAUCACUCUAUUGCACUUGGUGCUUGCGCAUAGCAGUUGUGCUUACUUUUGGGAGCUUGUUAGUACGGUUAUUUCAAGUUGGGUUUGUUGGUAGAUAUCGAGGCUCGUGCGACCCAGCGUUGGCCGACGGUCAUUGGGAAGGAUCGCCAUCACCUAAAGCAACAUGGCUCCCCAAUUCAUGUUACCUGCAUCCGUAUACUCGAAAAGAAACCACCACAUGCCUUGCGAAUUCACGAGUCGUCUUUGCGGGUGACUCGACGGCUCGGGAUGUGUUCAAUGCUUUGCGAGAGAAGAUUGGGGCUGAUAUAGAACAACCUGACAAGCACGCGGAUGUGUUUGUUAAAACCAAGGAAAAUAUCGAAAUGCAGUUUUACUGGGACCCUUUUUGGAACCGGACCGAUGUGUUGAGCAAAGAGCAGCAUUAUGGUGGACGCAACGAAGGUGGAUACGAGCAUGUGAAUGCCUUGAUGGUUUUCUCGGCUGGACACUGGUUCAUGAAGCAUAUGGGAGAAAGUGGGUACGGCCAAUUUGGACACGCUUUGGACGAAAUCUUGGAUAUGGUGGCGUCCCGGGGACAUGAAAAAGGAGCCAUUGCGGACAUGGUUGUCGUGCGACCUGUGAAUCCCGUCAUUCCCGCUAAACUGAUUCCAACUCGGCGAGCGAUCUCAAGGAGCAAGGUGGAUGCUUACAAUGCCUAUCUACGGAAAGUGAUUGGACAACCACGGGUGAUCGAGGAUAUACAUGUCCCGGAGUACGUGGAAGCGCUAUACAGGACAGCGGCACAGCAUACCGCGGAUGGACUACAUUAUGAUAAGAGGGUGCUGUUGAGCGAGGUGGAAAUGUAUCUUAAUAGGCGAUGCAAUCCCAUUUUGUUUGCCAAAAGCCCGGCGGGGAAGGCGACGUGCUGUGUAAACUACGCCAGCAUUGGACGGAGGCAAUGGGCCACUGUUUUGGGCCUCGGCUUUGUGGGGUGUUUAGGAUGGGCUUGGCGCUCCUUUGGGUCAGCGAGUCAGGGAGAUCGGUCCCGUUUGAAAAGACUGAUGGAGGUGGGCUUACCAAGUGUGGAUCUGUCCAAGGAUUUGGCAAUCCUGGCGUUGGGUCUCCUAUACAUGCUCAUCGUCGACCGAACCGCCUAUCUCCCCAAAAUCAACAAAUUCUUUUCCAUGCCCGCCUUUACGUUCCUCACCCUCCUCUACCUCGUCCCUGGAUUCCUUUCUCUCACACCCCGAAAGGACACAACCUUCCUCUCCCGCUAUCAAACCGAUGAGUGGAAAGGGUGGAUGCAACUCGCUAUCCUCAUCUACCACUACACAGGCGCGAGUUCGCAACCCGUUAUUUACGCCUUUAUCCGGUGCUGCGUAGCUGGAUAUCUCUUUAUGACCGGAUACGGUCACUUUAUCUAUUUUUACACCAAAGCAGAGUUUGGAAUUAAACGGGUUGUUAAUGUCAUCUUGCGAUUGAAUCUAUUGAGCGCAUUAAUGGCGUAUACGAUGGACAAGGACGUUUUAUUUUAUUACUUUGGACCAAUGGUGUCGGUGUGGUUUGGUGUUGUCUACCUUACGAUGAGGAUUGGACGGGCAUGGAACAAUCGUCCCGGGUUUGUCCUGGGCAAGAUUUGCGCAUCCGGCGUGCUGUGUGCGAUUUUGAUGCAGGAAUGGUUUUUUCAACCUUUCUUUAGUGUUCUUGGUGCCGCAACGGGUGUCGAGUGGGACGCGCGGGAGAGCGUGUUCCGUUUGGCCUUGGAUCGGUGGAUUGUCUUUGUGGGGAUGGGUGUGGGUUUAUGUGUUCGUUAUUUUAAAAGUGGUGCCGUGGACGUGGCGAGGUACCGGACACAUGCCAUCUGGAUAUCUGUUGCUGCUCUGGCCGCCUACACCCUAUUUGUCGCUUUCCUUCAGUCGAAAUUCGUCUAUAACAGCUACCACCCUUACGUGUCCCCUAUCCCCGUGGUAGCUUACACGAUCCUCCGAAACAGCCCCAUCCUUGCUUUGAGAACCAGUGCCUUUUUUGAAUGGAUCGGCAAGUUCUCGCUCGAACUCUUUUUGGUUCAGUACCAUGUUUGGUUGGGGGUGGAUACAAAGGGACUUGUGGGACUUGGAUGGGGUGGGAAAUGGACAGGGUUCCUUGUUCUGGGGGUGGUGUUUUUUGGGGUAGCAUACACUUUGGAGGGGAUUUCUGGGAGGCUGGUCAAGGCUUUGGCGACGGGAAACUGGACAAGCGCUUUGGGGAGAACCGCGCUGGCAUUGGGGGUUAUGAUUUUGAUGAACUGGACUUGAUGAAUGUUGCGUAGACUAGAUAUGGGAUUGUAGCUUAAUUUAGUGUAGAGGUGACAGAAACUGGCACUAGCUACUACACCAGGGGAUAGACUGGCGACAACCCGGUUCGGAAAAGCCAAGUAAUUCCCUCCUUACAACCAACCAACUACUACUAGGCCCAAUGACACAUGCAAUACAUAAUGGUUGUUCUAACCGGGUAACUAAGCCCACCACACGAGAGAAAUCCUACUAAGCCCU